AUGAGAGCUCCGACUCUGUUUGGGGAUGGAAUCUUCUUCGACACCACCGGCAGGUCCAUGGCCGCCGCAACGGCCGUCCAAGAGAAGUGUGGGUACCCCCAAUCCAUUAAGCUACGCAAUGGCUCAUUCAUCAUCCCCUCGACCGGCGAGCGGUCCCACCGCACCUUCACCCUCCGACCUUCCGGCCUUUUCUCAUCGAGGCAAACCGACGCAUCCGCGCCGCCGUCGACUAUGGACGCAUUCUCGCCGCGCCAGUCUGUGGCCGACCGAGGGCGCACGAUGGCGCAUAAUAUACGAGCAGCUGGCGUUCGCUUGCUCCACUGGCUGAACACACCCGUUGGUCACGGAAUCAUCAAAUGUACACUCGCAUAUACCCUCGGUAGCUUGGCCACGUUUUGGUCGCCGCUCUCCGACUUUCUCGGCCGGCCGGACGGCAAACACGUCGUGGCGACCUUGACCGUGUACUUCCACCCCGCCCGAUCGGUCGGGUCUAUGAUCGAGGCCGUCUUGAUCGCGUUUGUGGCCGUCGCAUACGCGGAGCUGGUCUCGAUCUUGUCCAUGUGUACGUCCGUCUUGUUCGGCGGCGUACUAGGUAUGGUUGCCCUCGCGCACAGCUUGGUGCUGCUCCUAUUUAUCGGUGGUGCCUUUGGCUUCAUGGGAUGGGUCAAGCAGCGCAUGAACAACCCACUCGUAAACGUCGGUAGCACCUUGGCUUCUCUCGCGAUCAUUGGUGUCGUGACCAAGGAGACUGCCGUGUUUACGAGCGUGUUUUCCAACCAAAAGAUUUUCCAGCUCCUUAAAAUGCUGCUCAUGGGCAUCACCAUCACCACCGUCGUCAACAUCACGGUUUGGAAAGCCUCUGCUGUCUCGGCCUUGCGCCAAUCCAUGACCAAAGCUUCGGUUUCCCUAGGCGAUAUGCUCUCGCUGAUUACCCACGGAUUUCUUAGCGGGUCCGAAGAUGAUGUACUGUCGCCCGAUUUUGCUGCUGCAUCUUCCACGUACUCCGCCGUCUACCCCCAGAUGGCCAAGAACCUCCGCGAGGCCAAGUUUGAACGGUACUUUCUCGGCCACGAGAGUGUUUAUCGACUUGAUCGGGCCGUCGUGCGAUCUAUGGAGACGCUGGCCCAAUCCAUCGGAGGGUUGCGAAGUGCGGCCAAUUCACAGUUUGCCCUCCUGAAGGAGCCCAUGGUACCUUUCCUUUCUCCAACCGAUCAACCCGUGACUCCGCUCUUUUCACCAACCUUCCGACGGACUAUGUCCAACACGAUGAAGAGUGGGAGGGAUCGGCCCCCUCUGUUGUCCGCUAUUGACGAGGCGUCCGAGGAGAGCCAUGACGAGGAAAGGGGUGAUCAUACCCUGGGGCGGCGCGCAUCGGAUGUCACUACCACGAGCCUACCUCCAUUUCGCCACCCCUCUGAGAUUUUUGCCGCUUUUAUCGAGUUGUUGGGGCCAUCGAUGAAGUCGUUGGCGUACACCUUGUCCGAAGUGCUCCGUGACCCGCCGUUUGGAGCCAGUCCCGAUUAUCGCAUCACCAUCAAUGAGCAUUUCCGCAAAAGUCUCACAGAUGCUCUAUCACUGUUCAACGAAGCCCGUGCGCACGCCCUUGAAGAACUGUACAAGACACUGGAACUGGAGCGGACGAGGUCUGAGAGCAUCCAGGCCGACUUCGAGGAGGUUGCUGCCGCGUGCGGCCACUUCAGUUUCAGUUUGCAGACCUUUGGCGAGGAGAUGCAAAAAUACCUCGACGUGCUGGACGACCUGAAGUUUGCCGACGAGCGCCGCAAGCGCAGUUGGCACUGGCUCAUGUGGUGGAGAAAGGACAGCCGUGAUCCGGGGCAGAAGGCUUUGACUUUGCCGUACGACAAUGAGGAGCAGGCCCGGUUAAUCAAGCCGAUCAAAAAGACCGCCAUCCCUAGGGGCAUUGCGGAGCCGUUGCUACGGCGAAGAGAUACGUAUAGUUGGGAAGCUGCCCCGGAAACGAAGAAGACGAAGUUAGUCGCGCGCGUGUCCCAGCGUAUCUUGGGUGCGGUGAGGAAACUGGCAAGGGAUGAUGUCCGAUUCGGGUUGAAAGUGGGCGUGGGAGCGACCUUAUGGGCCUCGCUCUCCUUCAUCCCCCAAACCCGGGAGUUAUACCGGCACUGGCGAGGUGAAUGGGGCCUCUUGUCAUUCAUGAUCGUCUGUUCCAUGACCGUCGGCGCUGCCAACACGACUGGCUUGGCGAGAUUUCUGGGUACUAUGGUUGGUAUCACGGCCGCGGCUAUAAACUGGCAAAUCUCCCAACAGAGUCCCUUUGCCCUCGUCCCACUCGGCUCGCUCGUCGCCUUCUGGAGUUUUUACGUCAUCAUCGCACGCGGCAACGCGCCCAUGGGACGGAUCACGCUGUUAGCAUACAACGUCUCGACCCUAUACGCCUACAGCCUCUCGCAGAAGGUUGACGACGACGAUGACGACGAAGGUGGCGUGGACCCCAUCAUCAAGGAGAUUCUCCUCCACCGCUUCACGGCCGUCACCGUCGGUAUCCUGUACGGCCUUAUUGUGUGCCGCCUUAUUUGGCCGAUCUCGGCUCGCAAGAAGUUCAAGCAAGGUCUGAGCAUGGUGUAUCUCCAGAUGGGUCUGAUUUGGAAGCGUGGGCCCCUCGCCAUCCUCCUCCGCAGUGACUGCACGCGCUCCUACUUGCGCACCGGGGAGCAAACCGCCCUGCAAAAAUAUGCCGGCCGUCUUGACUCGCUGCGCACCAGCGCCGUUAGCGAGUUCGAGCUUCGCGGCCCGUUCCCCGCAGACCAGUCUCAGCGGUUGAUGGCCUGCACUCACCGCCUACUCGACGCCUUUUACGGAAUGUCGCUAGUUACGCAGCGGAAAGCGGUGCUGACGGACGGAGAGCGCGCGCUGCUGCAGUACACGGCUGAUGAGCGAGCGAUGCUGUGCGAGCGGAUCUGUCAUGUCUUCCAGGUGCUGGCGUCGUCGCUCAUGCUAGAGUAUCCACUGACAGAUGCCAUUCCGAGCGUGGCGCGGUCGAGGGAUCGGUUGCUGGGCAAGAUUUUCCAGUUCCGGAAGGAGCAUCAGGUGGAUGUAAGCGUUUUAGAGGGAGGGAGCAGUAGUAGUGGUGGCAACUACUUUGGAGCACCGGGGCGGCUUGGCUAUGUUAACGUCCAGGAACAUGAUUAUGCGCUGCUGUAUGCUUAUGCGUUGGUUACGGGGCAGGUUGCAGAGGAAUUAAAGAUUGUGGCGAAGGAGAUUGAGGGUCUUUUUGGUGUUUUGGACGAGGGGACGUUGUUAUUGCAAUAA